CUGUUUUAAAGGUCUUAUCUCUGCUGCAGACUUUAUAAAAGGACAUUGGAGCUUUGUUAUCAGUUUCUGUUAGAGUUUUCAGCAAACAUGCUUCAUUUUUGGAUAGCUCUGUUUGUUAUUAUGGUGGGGAUUCUCUUCUGGAAGUGGAGGAGACCCAGAAAUUUUCCUCCUGGACCGUGGGCCCUACCUAUCAUUGGAAACCUUCUACAAGUGGAUUACAGGAAUCCAUUACCAGAUUUUAAACAGAUGGCUAAAAGGUACGGGAAUGUGUACAGUAUAUUUGUGGGUGGAGAUCCACUGGUUAUACUGAAUGGAUAUCAAACAGUAAAAGAUGCCCUGGUAAACCACGCUGCUGAAUUUUCAGACAGACCUAGUGACCCUCUCUUCAUAAAAGCCACCAAUAUGAAAGGUAUUAUCACUGCUCCUUAUGGCCAGCCCUGGAAAGAACAGAGAAGAAUAACUCUCAUGUUGCUGAAGAAUUUUGGUCUUGGUAAAAAGAGCAUGGAAAUUAAGAUCCUUGAUGGAAUAAAGAAUUUAGUGAAAGCUAUAAAAGACAUGGAGGGUCAUCCUUUUGAUCCAAAACCAUUAAUCCAUGCCUGUAUCUCGAAAAUUAUCUGUUGCAUUUUAUUUGGUGAACAGUUUUACACCAAGAAAGAAGGAUUUACCAAAAUGGUUCAAAUGAUUGAAGAAAACAUAAAAAUGUUUGCAGGAAUCUGGGGACAGGUCUACAACACCAUUCCCUUUGUCCGAGGCCUUCCACUUCCAUUCCAAAAAAUUUUUAAAAACAUUGAUGCAGUCCAAGGUAUUUUAAGAAAGAUAUUAGAUGAGCACAAAAGGAAUGUGGUACAGGAAGAGAAGACAGACUUCGUUUACCGUUAUUUAGAAGAAAUGGAUAAAAGCAAAGACAGUGGAACCUUCCUAGAUGAAGAAAAUUUAUUUUUCUUGAUGGGGGACCUCAUAGCAGGUGGAACUGAUACAACUAUCAACACCACUCUGUGGGCAGUGCUGCUAAUGGCAGCAUAUCCUGAUGUUCAAGCCACGUGCUACAAGGAAAUAAAAUCCACACUUGAUGGCAAGGAAAACCUGCACUAUGAGGACAGACUGAGAAUGCCAUACACACUUGCUGUUAUGAAUGAAAUCCAGCGUUUUGCAAAUAUAGUUCCAUUUGCGGUACCUCAUGCUACAAAAAAGGAAGCACUAUUUUGUGGAUACACCAUCCCAAAGGGUAUAAAGGUACUUGUUGAUCUGACAUCUGUUCUCCGUGAUGAGUCUCAAUGGAAGUUUCCAAAUGAAUUUAAUCCUUGUAAUUUUCUGAACUGCAAAGGAGAGUUUGAGAAGCAAGACGCAUUUUUACCCUUUUCAGCAGGUCCAAGAAUAUGUCUUGGUGAGAACUUUGCUCGUAUGGAAGUGUUUUUGAUUUUCACAGCCUUAGUGAAGCAAUUUGAAAUCGUAUGGCCUGAUUUUUCCGUAGCACCAGACCUCACAUCUGUCUUUGGGAUAACACAGAGCCCAUUGCCUUUUAAAGUCAGCCUAAAAGAAAGAAAAUGAAGAAAUGGGAUAAAGAAAACAAACUGAAGACUUUUAACAUCAUACGCAUCCUUUCCCAUAGCACUUUUUCACCUGUACUAAAUCUGCAUUUGUUCUAACAUCGUGAACAGUCUAAAGUAUUAAUAGAUGGAUGCAGCACACUUUGUCAUAUAUUGCAUUUUCAUAGACAUUUCUCAAACAGAAUUAGCACUUUGUAAGACUAGCUGCCUCUCUGGCAAAUUGUUUGUCCUUUAUUACUUUACAUGAAUAGCAGUACAAUAACAUGUUUUUACAAUAAACAGUCAAAAAUUCUGACUAUAAUAAAGAACUUAGUAAAGGUUUCUAAAA